CUACAUAUUUUUAUGCCUCUCUCAUUGCAGCAUAUCAUCCAAUUUACAUUGCUGCCUUCAAAAUAAAUACAAAAGAAGGAGGAAAACGUUCUAGCAAGAUAAAAUGGCAUGUAAAACUAUGAUUCUUGCUCUCGUUUUCUUUGCCAUGGUCUUCAUGGCCUCCACCAUUGAUGUUCCUGUUGCAACAGCUUUGAAAGAUACAACUCAUGGUCCAAUUGCAGUUGGAAACAACAAUAUCAUUGGAUAUCAUGUUUUUCAUCCUAAGUUCGUGAAAAAAGAUUUAAAAAAAGGUGUUUUGGAUACUUAUUGGAGCAAUUAUGGAUAUUUGGGACAUUUUUUGGCUUGUUCGUUAUCAAACCAUGUACAAAAAAUGAGAUGAAUUGGAAAGAUGACUCACGACACUUGCUAAGUCAAUAUGUCGACUGCAGGUAGUACAUAUGGGCUGCAUGUGGGUAAAGCAAGUGCUAGAAGUCCAAAAUAAUGAGAGCUGACCUGUAGAAUUUUGGUUAUCUGACACUUGAUCUCGCUAGUUAUGCCCAGCAUACAGGCUGCGCCCAGGGUCAGGGAGUAAGUGGAGACCAUAAGUGGCCACCGAUCCUGUUUUAUCCUAUUUUAUUUUAGCUUUAAUUUUAUGGUUUUCUCACAUACUAUAAAUACUCAUUUUGUAUUUUUUAAUAAGAGUUACGCACUUUUGAUACUCGUAAAUAUAUGUUGAUUUCGAGAUCCGAUUUUAAUCUCAGGAUUCUCUUGUAUUAACUUUGGUUCAUUAAUUCAGUUACUAUUGUGGUUUUUCUA